CAGGGGUCGUCUUGCACAAAUGGGUGGUGCUUGCAAGAGGAAAAGAAACGUGAAGAAACCUACCCAAGCUUCGGCCCCAGAAUACUCACAAUCGGCGGUCCAGCAACCCAAGCCGAUCCAGCAAAUACCUCUCGAGCAGGUAAACUUUGAGGACAUGGCAGUGGAUCAGCCGUUCGAGGCCAUGCAGAUUGCCCCGAUCUUCACUGAGCAUCUGGGUUCAGGCAGCACCGUCCCCGCAGAGGCUGAUCAGGCCCAUUUGUCAAAACGCCUCGAACGAAUCACCCUGGAGGAUCCAAUCCAUGAGGUGUUGGAGCAUGGGGGUGCCCAACCAGCCAAUUCUGGAAUGCCUCUGCCAUGCUUAAUGACUUCAACCUCCUGCAGUUAUCGGUUGAACAGGCUAAGACGGGUGUUUCCUUGGCCGCCAUCAAGGUCGGUCUGUACAACCUGCAACUACAGGCUGCUCGUUUAGCCAAGGAGGAGCAGUUCAUUAAGGCUCGGACGACCGUUGAACAGACGACUGCGGAUGUGCUCCGCCUGGAUGAUCAGGAGCGGAAGAAGUUCGAAGAAGAUCUCGAUCGGCUCCGGGUGAACUUGUUACCUCUCAGACCAAGGUGGGAGCUGCUGAGGUAGCGCAGGUAGCUUUUAAGGAAAGCGAGCCUCAAAUCUCGGACGGUCCUCGAGAAAUAAUGGUGGAUCUAUCCUCCGUCCGGGCUGCAACUCAAGCAGAUUAUCAGUCUUCUAAAAACAUGUGGCACAUGUGGGUGUCCUGUUCGGGAAGAACUUGGAGCCGCUCCCCCGGGGUCCGGUUCGACAGAAGGAGGGGGUGAAACUGGCCGAUGAGACUGUGACCGGUCAGCAGUGGGUCAAUGCUCUGGCCAAGGAGACCUACAUAGUCGGUUGCCAAGACGUUAUGCAGGGCAUGGUGCCGAUCCUGGGAUGGCUCACACGGAGACCGGUCGAUAUGAAGGAGCUUACUAAGGACGAAAUCCUUUUGGCCCAGUUUCACAAGUACCACCAGAACCUGAAGAGAGUGGAUGACCGGGCUGCUGGCAAGGAACCUGAGCCUCCAAGUGCCUCAGAGGAUGAAGAAGGGGCUGACGAUGAAGCAGAUGAUGAGGCUGAGGAAUAAAGUGUCAGCCAGUAGUUUUUUAGAUAGUCUUACUUUUAUGUAAUUACUUAUCCUUUUGCCUUCAACUCACUCUCAAUGUAAAUUCCGACCAGCAGUGAUGAAGAGUAAAUGCCCUUUUC